AUGAUGUCCAUGAAAACAUUAAAGCCAAAUGGUAUCUUAAAAGGCAUCUUUGCCAAACAGGGCGAACUCUCGCAACCGAAACAGACCAUCCUAAACUUCAAAACGUUGGACCCACAGCAAUUGCAAUCGACCAUAUUGAGGCGAUCGGACCAAGAAAUCGGCGGCUUUUCCACCGUCAAUUUCGAAAUUGAUCCUCAGGAACGUUGCGGGCACUUUUUCGGAGAAUUGUCGUUGGACUUGCCCAAGGACAACCUUACCGUGACGAGAUCGGGCUACGCCAUGUUUAGAACAAGAGACCAGUUGCAGAGCUGGAUACUGGGGGACAAGUUUUGGGAUUGGUCGCAGUACUCGGCAUUGGUCUUGAGAGUCAAGGGAGACAGAAGGAAAUACAUGGUGAACAUCCAGGCCAACACCCCUUUGGUCACCGAUUUAUUCCAGCACCGGUUGUUUUUGAACCAUCCUGGCCAAUGGGAAACGGUUGUGAUCCCAUUGAGCGAUUUUGUUAUGACGAAUUGGGGCGUCAUUCAAGACGGCUCCGAGAUUAACAAGCUGGAAAUUAAAACCAUCGGAAUUGGGUUAUUGGAUAAGCAAUACGGCCCUUACUCUUUGAAGAUUGACUGGAUUAAAGUGAUGACUGGUUCCGAAGUUGAAAAAUACGUUGGUCUCUGA